GCGAGAUGAGCGUGCGAGCAUUCCUGUCCGGACCUUGCAAGCGAGUGGAACUGCAACGAUGCCAAGGAAAAUUAAGCUGUACACGGCCAAACUUAGCCCACCGGGUCGGGCGGUAGAGUUGACGGGUAAGGCACUGGGGCUGCAGUUUGAUAUCGUGCCCAUCAAUCUGAUCGCGGGCGAUCAUCUGAAGGAGGAGUUUCGGAAGCUGAACCCUCAGCAUACGAUCCCGGUAAUCGACGACGACGGUACGAUCGUGCGGGAUAGCCACGCAAUCAUUGUGUAUCUGGUGACCAAGUACGGUUCCGACGAGAGUCUCUACCCGGCCGAUGUGGUGACCCGGUCCAAGGUCAAUGCGGCGUUGCACUUCGAUUCGGGCGUACUGUUCGCCCGGUUGCGGUUCUAUUUGGAACCUAUUCUGUACUUCGGCUCUACCGAGACACCUCAGGAGAAGAUCGACAACCUGUACCGUGCGUACCAGCUGCUGAACGACACCCUGGUGGAUGAUUAUCUGGUGGGCAGUCAGAUGACGCUGGCCGAUCUGAGCUGCGUGGCCAGCGUUGCUUCGAUGCAUGCCAUCUUCCCGAUCGAUGCGACCAAGUAUCCGAAGCUGGCCGCCUGGCUGGAACGUCUCGCCAAGCUGCCGUACUACAAGGCUACGAACCAGGAAGGGGCCGAAGAGCUGGCAAAGCUGUAUCUCGCCAAGCUGGAGGAAAAUCGUGCCAAAGCCAAGUGAAGUGGCGAUCACUUCGAACAGAAGCUGAUAAAAAAUUGAAUCUAUGAAAUUGGCGCUCUCUAGUGAAUCUGUUUUCUAUCUGGAAUAAAACCGGCUUUCGAGUGACUGGCACAUUUUUGUUUGUACACUGUUUAGUGGACGCUCCCUAUCUCACCACUACGCUCAAAGCCCAAAGGCCCAAAGACAGCUGUGUUGUUUGAACCACUUGACGUUAGGUCCAGCAUUAUGGAAAUAUGGUUGAUUAGAACCUGUCGGACCGCGGUCAGUUCCAUACGCACCAUCACGUCAGCAUGCCGAACAUUAAGCUCUACACGGCGAAACUCAGCCCACCGGGACGUGCGGUUGAGCUGACGGCAAAGCUGCUAGGACUGCAGCUCGACAUCGUGCCGAUCAAUCUGCUGGCAGGCGAUCAUCGGAAGGAUGAGUUUCUGAAGAUGAACCCACAGCAUACGAUCCCGGUGAUCGAUGACGACGGUGUGAUCGUGCGCGACAGUCACGCAAUCAUCAUCUAUCUGGUGCUUAAGUACGGACCUCCCGAUCACAGCCUCUAUCCGGAGGAUGCCGUCACGCGGGCAAAAGUAAACGCCGGUCUUCACUUUGACUCGGGUGUGCUGUUCUCGCGGUUGCGAUUCUAUUUCGAACCGAUCCUGUACGAAGGAUCAUCGGAAGUACCGCAGCACAAGAUCGAGUACAUGCAGAAGGGCUACGAGCUGCUGAACGAUGCGCUGGUUGACGAUUACAUGGUGGGCAAUACGCUAACGCUGGCCGAUGUAAGUUGUAUCGCCACGAUAGCGACGAUGGAAGAGUUUUUCCCGAUGGAUCGUAGCAAGUAUCCGGCACUGGUGGGUUGGAUUGAACGGCUAAGCCGCACCUUGCCAGCGUACGAGCAGCUCAACCAGGAAGGAGCCGUCGAAUUUGCCGAAAUAUGUGAAUCGCUCAGACUUAAAAAUGCGAUCACAGCUAAAUAAAAUGGGUGUGAACGGGAUCAACGUUUUG